AUGCUUAAAAAGCGGCAAACCCGAAAACGCGAACGAAUUCCUCGAAACCGCGGCCGGAGGCGGCGGAUCGCGCAGCUGAAGAAGGAAAUGCAGAAAGCUAAGCUGCAGCGGGCAGCAGAAGAACAGCCAUGUUUGAGGACCUCAGAAGCCUCCCCCCCCGCAGGCGCUCCCCCCCCAGCUCCUUCCACAGCAGCAGCAGCAGCAGCAGCAGCAGCAGCAGCAGCAGCAGCAGCAGCAGCAAUGUUGAUAUACUUUCGACUGAUAUCGGAGCAUGCAGGAACUUACCGCGAGUGCCCCAUUGGGGGCCCCACAGUUAGUGUGGGGGAGUUGAAGCUGCUGCUGGCGCGUCAGUGCGGCUUUGCUGCAGACUAUCGCCGGAAGAUAGACUUGAAGAUCUUCCUGGUUUCCUCCAAAAGCAGCAGCAGCAGCAGCAGCAGCAGCAGCAGCAGCAGCAGCAGCAGCAGCAGCAGCGGCGGCGGGGAGGGGCCGCAGGAGGAGCUGACGGAGGCGGAAGACGAGCAGCAAGUGCCGGCGUUUGCGAAGGUGGUGCUGCAGCGGCGGGUGCUGCGAGCAGCAGCAGCAGCAGCAGUGCUGCAGCACGAGGCCCGCAGCAGCUUGACUGCAGCAGAGUGGGGGGGGGCCCUGCAGCGGCGCGGGGGGGCCCCCAAGCCGCUGCUGCCAGCAGAAUGGAUUUGCUGCUUCUGCGGGGGCCCCAUGAGGAGUCCGCUGCUGAUAAAGUGUGCUGCUAACUGCGGCCACUCUGCAUGCAGAACUUGCAUAGAGCAGCAGCUGCAGCAGCAGCACGAGUGUCCUUUUUGCCACUCGGCUUUUCGGCAGCUCAUCAAGAACAAGCGCCUCGAAGAAAUGAUCAAAAGUGUCAACUUGGCGGACUACGAGCUUCCUGCUGCUGCUGCUGCUGCUGCUGCUGCUGCAGCAGCAGGGGGCGCCGCUGCAGCAGAGGCGCCGCCCCAGCCGCCGCUUGCGGCGGGCGAGCUGCGCUUCAAGCAGCAGCAGCAGCAGCAAGCGCCAGCAGCAGCAGCAGCAGCAGCGAGUCGGCAGCAGCCGGGGGGCGCGGCAGCAGCAGCGGGGGGCCCCGCAGCAGCAGCAACGAAGCAAGAGCCCGGCCCCCGCAGCGCGCCGGAGGGCCCCCUAGCAGCAGCAGCAGCAGCAGAAGCAGCAGCAGCAGCAGAGCAGCAGCUGCUGCAGCAGCUGCUGCAGCAGCUGCUGCAGCAGGGGGCCCCUGGGCCUCCCCGCGGCACUUCAUUUAUUUGCUGCCAGCAAAAAACCUGCAGCUGA